AUGGAUAAAGCUAAUGAGAGGGCCAGUGGGUUGCUAGGCAGAUUAAGUGGUUUCAUGAGGAGUUGCCUCUUCAAGGUCCUCUGCAUGGGUCCAAUCCCAACCCAUUUCUCCUUCAUAAUGGAUGGCAACCGCCGUUAUGCCAAGAAGAUGGACAUGGGGGAAGGAGCUGGUCACAGGGCAGGGUUCUUCGCUCUGGUCUCGGUGCUCAAAUACUGCUACGAAGUUGGAGUGAAGUACAUCUCCGUCUAUGCCUUCAGCAUCGACAACUUCAAGAGGCGCCCCGAGGAAGUCAAGACCAUAAUGGACUUGAUCCUGGAGAAGACCGAGGGGCUUCUCGAGGAAGGCAGCAUUGCAGACCAGUACGGCGUGAGGGUUUACUUUGUUGGCAACUUGAAGCUGUUGAGCGAGCAAGUGAGGAUUGCAGCGGAGAAAGUUAUGGAGGCUACUGCACAUAACACCAGGUGUGUGCUCUUGAUCUGCAUAGCAUACACUUCUUGUGAUGAGAUUGUGAAUUCGGUUAGGGAGUGUUGUAAGGAUAAGAUGGAGGAGAUCGAAGACGAAGAGGGCGAUGAUUUGGUGGACAUUGAGAAGCACAUGUAUAUGGGAGUAGCUCCUGACCCUGAUAUCUUGUUGAGGAGUUCUGGGGAGAAGAGGUUGAGCAAUUAUCAGCUAUGGCAGACCACUCAUUGCACACUGUAUUCGCCCACAGCGUUGUGGCCUGAGAUUAGUCUGUUGCAUGUGGUGUGGGGAAUUCUGAAGUUCCAACGUAGUUAUGCCUACUUCGAAAAGAAGAAGAAGAAGAUGUUAUAA